GCCGUGUUUCCAGAGGAAGGGGCAAGUACAGACGGAUUCCUUCGCUGAGUUUGCUAGAACAGUGUAGGAACUAAAAGCGAGGAGCUGUGUUUCUUUUGUGUUUAGGGGAUCGCUUAAGACAUUGCACAAAGCGGAAAUGUGAUCUUUGGAGUAGCUGGAGGAGAGCUUAAACCAUAAGCAUGAAGAAGUUGAAGCUUAAAGAACUUGAGAGCAGUCUUCAACAAGUUGAUGAUUUUGAGAAUCCAAAACUUCUGCUUGAACAAUAUCCAACAAGACCACAUAUUGCAGCAUGUAUGCUUUAUACAAUUCACAAUACUUUUGAUGAUAUUGAAAACAAGACUGUUGCAGAUCUUGGGUGCGGUUGUGGUGUGUUGAGCAUUGGAAGUGCCAUGUUGGGAGCAGGGUUAUGUAUAGGAUUUGACAUAGAUGCUGAUGCCCUGGAAGUAUUUAACAAGAAUGCUGAAGAAUUUGAGCUCACAAAUAUCGAUAUGGUUCAAUGCGAUGUAUGUUCUUUGCCUGACAAAGUGGCAAAAACAUUUGAUACAGUCGUUAUGAACCCUCCGUUUGGAACCAAGCACAAUAAAGGCAUGGAUAUGGCUUUUCUCAAAACAGCAUUGCAGAUGGCAAGAACAGCUGUAUAUUCCUUACACAAAACUUCAACCCGACAGCAUAUUCAGAAGAAAGCAGAUAAAUGGAAAGUGAAAAUGGAAGUUUUAGCAGAACUGAGAUACGACCUACCAGCAUCAUACAGAUUUCACAAGAAGAAAUCAGUGGACAUUGAAGUUGACUUCAUUAGAUUCUCUUGUGGAAAAAGUGGAGGAAUGAUUUAAAACUUCUUUAAGAUAAAAGCCUCAAUGCUUUCUGAAGUACUAUUCCAUAGCUCCAGCUCCAUUUUCUGUUUUCAGCUGUUUGGGGGCAGGUUCUUCUUUUUCAGCCUCUUCAAGUGGUCUUUUCUUUGGACUUGCAGGCUCUAAAACGAAGAGCUGACUUAGUAGUAUGAUCUAUAAACAACCAGACCUAUGCCUAAAGGCAAGCAUUCCUGAAGGUUUUGUACAUUAGCAUUUUUCUCAGAAUAGUAUCAAAUGCUUAUGCUACAUAUUUGGACUGAAUAGUCUGAAGCCUUCAUCAAGGAAUGUUUGACCCACAAGACAGCCAUUCUCCCUUUUGAUCUCUACGUAUUCAAGGAGAAACUUGCCGGUUACAGGAAAUUCAGCUUGUGACUUUUUUGCUAUAACAGACCUUCAAGCCUUUUUUGACCAAUGAGUUCUAUAGAACCUACCAGCUUUUUCUCAUGAAGAGGAAUAAAAUGAACACUGCCUUUUAGUAGUUGGCUUGUGAAGGCUUUUUGAAAGCUCAGGUGGUUUGAGCUGCUAUUGCAAAGCUCAAUUUCUGCCACUUCUGGACAGAUUUUGCAAAGAUAUCUGGACAAUCAACCCAAAAUAUGAGACGUCUAGUUGUAGAGGCUUGGUCUUUACCCAGCCCUUUUUUUCCUGUAGGAGGCAGCUGUUUAAACCAGAAAAACCUAGCACAUAAAGUAUGUGAUACACCUUUACAGCAAUUUUUAGGUCAUACCCAAUAUGUGCAUUUAGAAGUUUGUUCCAAUAAAUGAGAUAGCUCACCUGUUAUAUUAUUCUCUUCGCCCUCCUCUUCAUCUUCA